AUGAAGACUCCAGCAUUAGAGAGUGAGAAGUUACUCAUUAGCAAAGAUGAUUGGUCUGAUAGUGAACCAGCGUCGCCUAUAAGUUUACCGUCGAUGCUGGAAGAUGGUUCUUCUAUAAAAAGCGACAACACCUCUCUUCUCUCAAUUAUCGGUCAUUACCUGCUGAACAUCUUCGUUUGGACACCAGCGAGGUUCCUUAUCAAUUACUUUCCUCCGCUCGAACGUGUCUUACCAGCUCCUCCUGCUGUCUCUCAGGAGCACCAACUGCAGAUGAAGUUCCUUUCGUCCCUUUUACUGCUUCUGGCCGGUGCAGACGCAAUCAAUGCCUAUCCCACAGCCGUGGAGGAGUUCACGCGUGAGCUGGAAGUAGCUAGUCCCAACCCAUCCGGGCUUGCUCUGCGAGCCCUCCAACAAAGAGCACCUAACUGCAGCCGUGUAGAUGCUUUCAUCUCUAGAAUCUCAUCGGUUAAAGCCCAGGUUGCCUUCGUUACCUUCGGCCCCGAAGCCGCCAAAUACAUUUGCCGCGCCAUAACACAUGGUGAUCCCACGUGCGAUGACUGGGCUCAGGGAAUCAGAUACGCACUUACACUUAUCUUCGCAAUCUUCGGCAAAGAUGGUGCAGAGCCAGCAGUUCGUCCUGGCGACCCAGUUCGCAGAAUAAAUACAAGAAGCUACAUGGAUAUCGCUACAAAUGCUCUGAAGGAAAGCAGCUUACAAUUCGCAAGUAUCGAGGCGGAUGAAAAUCUGCCCAGCGUCGAGAAGCGGCCCUCGGAUGAGCCACAUCUAGUUGAGAGAUUCCUUAUCCGCGGCUUGUAUCAUGCUGACCUAGGAAACGAUACGACCGAUAUAUGGGUCACCCAUUGGAGUAAUGGCGAUAACACCCUGCAGAUUGCCCCAGAGAAUGGUCAGCAGGAUGGCAAAUCUACUCUAACUAGGCGUUGGGAUAAGCCUGGCUUCAAAAUUGCUUAUACUACGAGAAAGACUUCUCCACUGAAUGAGCAGGACGCCUUGAAGAUGGCUAGACAUAUUAGUCUGAAAUGGCAGGGAAUGACCCUUGGCAAUGAUAUCUCGGACUUCAUAGGGUUUGUGGAGACAGGGCACACGGCAAACUUCUAUUUCCGCAUUAUUCCUGAGCACAAGGGGUACGGGUUGAACUACGAGAGUGUGGAUAUUUGUGGCGGUAUGGCAGGGAUGUUAUAA